ACUGUAAUAACAAUGAGACCUAGUUAUUAAUAAAAUUUAAAGUGUUUCUAGACUUAUUAUGAUCUUAUUAUCAAAUUUAUUAAGUCGCUAUCAUGAUACGUCAAUUUCAAGUUCCUGAAUGUAUCGGUAUUUUUUUUGAAAAGAUCAUAUCUCAGAAAUUUUCGACAAAUAAUCAUUUUCUAUAACCUUAUUGAAUAAUGUCAACAAAUCGUCAAAAUUGGUUACUUCGAAAACAAAACAAGAUUUAUAACAGUCGUUUCCCAAUUGAAAGUUAUAAAGCUGGUAAUAUGAAAAGGCUAAAAUCUAACACUGGUUCUUUAACUGUACCAUUUAGUGAUUUCAAAAGAAAAAAGAAAAAUGUAUUUUCUUCUAAAAACUACAAUUAUGAUACUAGUGAUAUCGAAUUCUCAGACAUAAACACUAUAAAUACAUCAGAAUGUUUUGAUACUCCAAACUGUAGUGAUGUAAAUUCAUCUGAAAGUGAUUCAAAAUCUUUUAGUUCAUUAGAUAGUGAUAUUAGCUCACUUACAGAAGAUAGUGAAGAUUUUGAAGUCUCACUUAUGAAUAAUAAAAACAUUACUACCCAAUUUAAUGAAAUAGAUUUAGUAUCAUUGUCAUCAUCAUCCUCAACAACUUUGAAUAAUAUCAAAUGUAAUUCAUCACAAGAAUGUGCUGUUGUUCUAUGUAAUCAAAAAGCAAGAAACCAUUUUGACAAGUUAUUUUAUAUAAAUUUUCCAUUAGAAAAUGAAGAACUUUGUAAACAAUGGUGGACCUUAUGCAAUCAAAAGUCUAAUUUUAACUCUAAUGCGAAAAUUUGUUCGAUUCAUUUUGAUGAUUCUGAUUUUAUUACUAGUAUUGUUGAAAAGAAUAGUAAACGUUAUAGACAAACAAUUUUAAAAAACGAAACCGUGAUACCCCAACUGUAUUUAUUGCCAGAAGAAUAUUUAAAACUUUCUAGAAAACAUAAAAAGCAUAAUGAAAUAUAUAAUGCAUAUGAUGUAAAAAAUCAACUAGCUGAAGAUACAAUUAAAUGUUCUAUUGACAGUUGUAAAAAAAUGUUACCUAAAGACAGCAAAAAUGCAAUAUUUUUUAAAUAUCCUUUGAACAAUAAACCAAAAUUGAAAAUGUGGAUGAGGUCUCUUAAGAUGCCUAAUUGGAAACCCAAUGAAUCAGAUUACAUUUGUUCUAACCAUUUUGAAAAAUAUCAAUUAGAAAAAAAAGAUAAUGGCUAUGAGUUAUCUCAAUAUGCAAUUCCAUCAAUAAAUGUCAAGAAACCUUUUGUGUUGUCUUCAAAAAUUGACCGAAACAAGUGUGAUGUCAAAAAUAACAAUAUUCCAAUAAAACAGUCAAAUAUUAGAGUCACAUUCAACCAAGUUUCUUCAGACUGUUUGAUGGUUAAUGAAGAAACAGUGGAUUUUGAAAAAAUGAAUGACAACAAUAAAAACUUGAAAAACAUUAAUGCAGUAGGAAAAAUUGAAAACAAAAUAAAUGAUAAUGGUGCUGAAGUGGAUUCUAAGAACAAUUUAGUAAACAAUACCCUCCAAUCAUUUUUUGAUUCAUUUGCGCAAACUCUUAUACCUUCAGAUUCAUUAAAAUCAUCCAAUGACAAAGAAGAAGAUUUAGAAUAUGUUUACUUAGACAUAUUAGAUGGAAAUAAUGAAGUUCAAGAAAGAGAUGAGAAAUUGAAUUCAGCAGUGGAAAGUAUAAUAAAUCAUAAUAUGGACAUUGAAAGUAAAACCUUACAAGAUACACCAAAUGUAAAAGAUUUUGAAUUAGAAGAAAAUAAUAUAAGCCAUGUAGAUUUUACAAUUGACCCUUUAGAUAUGGUGCAGGAAUGUGUUAUAGAAACUACCAUUAAUGAUCCUUUUAUUGAAUCACGUGAUGAAUAUUUGGUUCAAGUUUGUGAGAAGAAUGUUAUGAACAAUAUAACCACAAUACAACUCUCAUCACCUGAAAAAUGUCUAGAAAAUGAAAACUCUUCAAAAAGUACAAACAGUGAACAAGAUUAUGUUUACUUGGAUAUGCUGAAUAGCGAUAAUGUUGGAAAUUUACCCCCUCAGAUAUGCUCAACUCCAGUUCGUCAAGAAAUAUUAGAAUUGCACAAGGAAAUUAAUCCAAAAAAUAUACCUGAAUCUAUAAUUUAUGAUAAGAAUUUAGGAGAGUCUUAUGGGGAAAUGCUUCCUCAUAGUUGUGAUUCUAGUUGCCAGCUAAUAUGUUACUUCAAAAUUCCUGAACCAGAACGAGUAAAAAUAUAUAAAAAAUUCCAUUUGUUAAGUUGUAUAACAGAACAAAAUUGUGAAAUAGCGCAAUGGUUAAAAGUACGAAUGGUUAAAAAAACAAAUGGUGCUUUUGAUUGUUGUCCAAUAUAUCGUCUUUUAAAGGAUAAAGAAUUUGUCCAUGUUUGCCGUUCAUUUUUUUUAAACACUCUUGGUAUCACAGAACAACGUUUGGAUUCAAUUUUAAAUCCAGUUAAUUACAAUUGGUAUUAUAAUAAAGAAACAGCAUUAAAAGCUAAUAAACCCUUUGAAGUCAAUGUCAUUAAUGAAUCAACUAUAAUAACUAAAUUUAUGAAAGAAUCUUUUAGUAUGUUAGACAAAGAUUAUUAUAUGUUUAUUCCUGACCAUCAGCUUGAUGUUCUAUUGGAUGAAGUUCCUCGUAAUGAAUAUGAAAAUGUCAUAUCAUACAUACAAAACAUUCCUAGAGUACUAACUUCUCAUUACAAAAUUGAAGAAAAAUGUAAGAUAUUUUUCGAGACAAGUAUUAAUGUUGAGUAUAUGUAUAAAAGUUAUUCAGAAAAAUAUUUAUUAAAUAAAAAACCUCCUCCUUACACUAAACGACAAUUUAUAAAAAUUUAUAAUCAAUAUAUGAAAAAAUUUAUUUGAAGUUAUAAUAUAUUACCCAAGUAAUGUAAUAUUUUAUAUUGCUAUGCUUUUAGUAUGCUAAUUUAUUUAGAUUUAAAACCUAUAACUAAUAGUUAUGACAUUU